UUUUGUUGACCAGGAACAGUUUCCUGCGGCAGCGGCAGCUGGCCCCUGGCUUGCCCAUUUCACUCUGAAGAUGGAAUCAUGUCACGGGAUUGUGAAAGCUUUCCCCAAAGUUAAAAAGACCAGAGCUUCUCAAGGAAAGGAUUCUCCUCCUUUAAAGAAGAAAUCUGAUGAAUUUGAUGUGACAGGAAGUACCUUUAAUGGUACCUCAGUGUACAUCCUACCUGCAGGCAUAGGAAAUGCAAGAUGUCAGAUCUUCCAAAGACAAAUUCAACAGAACGGAGGCCAGACAGUGAGGUCUCUAUGUGUUGGUGUCACUCAUGUUGUUGUUGAUGACAACAUGGAGCGUGAUAGGGCUCUGCGUCUCAUCAAAGUGGAUGCAAUGCCUUCUGGGGUCCAUCUUGUAAAAUGCAGUUGGUUAAGCUCAUGUAUCAGUGAGAAACAACUCUUGGAUGAAUCAAACUACAGUCUUUUACCAAAGAGGAAUUCUGAAACUCAACAAGAAAAAGACUCGCUGAAGGAUGAUAAAUGUGCAACGGAAGCAUCUCUCAAGCCAGAGUGUGAUCCAAGCAAGCAAGGGGAGACAUCAGACAUGAGUGUAUCAGACAAAGAAGUAGUGUCGGGAGAAGAUGACGCAGUCAGUCAGAGUCACCUGGAAGCUCUCAUCACAGGCCAACGCCCCAAAGAAGAGGCGCUCAACGUUGAGCCAGGUCAAGGCUCUACCACUCAAACGGCGGUCUCAGGGAAGUGGGUCUGCGCACAGUCUUCUCAGUCCAAAAGUAAUAACUUCAACAAAGACAUCACCGACAAACUAGAACAACUGGCCAAGGCUUAUACACACCAGGGAGACAAGUGGAGGGCAUUGGGGUACUCCAAAGCUGUCAAUGCAUUGAAGAGCUAUCACAAGCCGGUUACAUCGUAUCAGGAGGCAUGUCUUAUCCCAGGAAUUGGCAAACGCAUGGCGGACAAAAUUGACGAGAUCAUGGAAAGUGGUCAUCUGCGCAAGCUUGAUCACAUUGGCGAGGCCGUGCCAAUAUUGGAGCUUUUCACUAACAUUUGGGGUGCAGGAGCAAAGACAGCACAGCUUUGGUACCAACAGGGAUUCCGCACUUUGGAGGACAUUCGCACAAAAGCCCACUUGAGCAACUGUCAGAAAAUAGGACUCAAGCACUACGAAGACAUCCUAGACAGAAUGCCCAGGGAUGAAGCUGCAGCCAUUGAGAAAGUGGUGAGGGAUGCUGCCCGAGCAAUUGAUCCCGGCCUGGUGGCGAUGGCAUGCGGCUCGUACCGCAGAGGAAAGAGCACAUGUGGAGAUGUGGACGUGCUUAUUUCACAUCCUGAUGGAAAAUCCCACAAAGGUGUAUUCACUAAAGUGCUCCAGAACCUCCACGACACUGGCUUUUUGACUGAUGACCUAGUGAGUCAUGAAGAGAAUGGAGAGCAGAAGAAAUACAUGGGCGUAUGCCGCCUGCCAGGACCAGACCGCCGCCAUCGGAGGCUGGAUCUCAUUGUGGUGCCCCACAAUGAGUUUGCCUGUGCGCUUCUGUAUUUCACUGGAUCUGCACACUUCAACCGCUCCAUGAGGGCUCUGGCAAAGACAAAGAACAUGAGCUUGUCAGAGCAUUCGCUUAACCAAAGUGUGGUGCGUCAAGGUAGCGCCAAGGUGUAUGCUGGCAUUCCCCUUCCUACACCUACAGAAAGUGACGUUUUUAAUCUUUUGGGUAUACCAUACAGAGAGCCCUGUGAACGGGACUGGUGAUGUACAAUCACCAGGAUUACAACAGGGGUUUUACCUCCCAUUAUAUCCAAGAAGCAAUUUAGACACCACUACUUUGGCGGAAUAUUAUUUUAUUUUGCACCCAAUGAGGAUAGACCUUCACAUGCUAUUUAUUUGCAUCUGUAUGUCUAUUUUGGGAAUCUCAGCUACAUUUGGAUGGGUAAAUAAUUCCCAAAAUUAGCUGGAAAAUAAAUCAAGUCCAAAUAAUAAAUCAAUUUUAUUUUUAGAAAUAUUACAAUUAUGUUCCAUUUCCAAUUUUGCGGAUCACCUGGAAUACCACCACGGACCGCUAGAGGGUCGCGGACCACCGGUUGACAGUCCUUGCCGGACAAGGAUGCGUUGUUCAUUUUUAAAAUCUAAGACAGGUUGAAUGUUGAUAGCCAGCAGGAAGAAAUGGAAAGAAACAAAAGAUAAUCAACCCGGUUAUGGAUAUGGUUGAUGGGUCGUGACUGGGCAAUGCUGCUGACUCACCAACGGGAAUGUUAUGCCUGGUUAAGGGUCGAAACCCAAUAUUUGGGUUAAGGUCCGAAUCCCAGUUUCUGAAACAUUGGGAAUAUCCCAUUUACGGACAGAUACCACGCUGUACCCCUGUUUGUGAGUCUUUUGUCAGUUUCUUUCAAUCUAUUUGGCUGAGUGUGUGCUUGUGCAUGACAUGGAAAUGAUGUUGUCAACACCCAUUGGCUCUUGCCAAGGAUUGACUGGGUGGAUUUGAGGACUGAAACUCAGAAACAGCCGGACGAUGCCCACCUCUGAAUAAUGGCAACAGGAUUUUGCCACAUAGUAAAAGCUUACCUAGGCUGGCUUGCCAUUGUCCAGGCCUGUCUCCAAAUGAAAAUAUGUGCUGCAUAUUAUCAAGCACAAAACAUGACAACAGAGACUCCGGACUGUUAAGCAACUUUAAUCGUAUGUCAAGGAAGAAUGGGAAAGAAUUCCAACUUUUACAACAAUUAUCUCCAGUUUCCCAACGCUUCUUGGGUGUUGUGAAAAAAA